UUUAGCUAGAAAAUUCUUCAACUCUGAGACUUUCAAAUAGCACAGCUCUUAUCCUUUUCUCCUCUCUUUCCUUAUAUUCCCUCCUAACCAAGCAAACCAAAAAAAAUUUCUCCACCAUUAAUCAUGAAGUAGCCUAGAUGCAAUGCAGGAAACGCUUUCUUCUCCAUUUUCCCACCCUAAACACCUUUUCCCCUCCCCCCACCAUGAUUUUCGCUCCCUUUCCCGCCCCGGAAACCUCCAUUUUCCCUCAUUUUCUUCCAAAACAAUCACCCCUCUUCCACUCAUACCCCCCAAAAUCUCGCAAAUUCCAUCUAUAGCCGCACCUCCUUCUACAACCCACGACUCCCACUCUGAUUUCCAAGAAAAAAUGCUCUACCUUGACUCCAUUGGCCUCGAUUUUUUCCAACUAAUAAACAGUCAUUCUCCCAUCAUCACAACCUCUCUACCCGACAUCAAAUCAACCGUUGAUUUACUCACCUCUAUCAACCUCACAAAUUCCGAGUUCCGCCGAAUCAUCUCCAUCUGCCCCCAAAUUUUAACUACCAAGGCCUCCGAUAUUCUCCCAAUUUUCACGUUUCUCCUCCGCGAAGCUAAAGUUAACGGCUCUGACUUAAGAAGAGUCAUCAACCGACGGCCCAGAUUGCUCGUCUGCAGCGUCAAAUCCCGCCUGCGUCCCACCCUAUACUUCCUCCAAAGCAUUGGAAUCGCCGAGGUAAACAAACACACUUACUUGCUUUCCUGUAGCGUCGAAGAGAAAUUCCUUCCUCGUUUCGAUUACUUCCAAAAUAUUGGCUUCUCACGGCGCGAAACGACGGCUAUGUUCCGCCGUUUCCCGCAGCUGUUUAAUUACAGUGUUAAGGAAAAUUACGAGCCGAAAUUGAAUUACUUUGUGGUGGAAAUGGGGAGGGAUUUGAAAGAAUUGAAAGAUUUUCCACAGUAUUUUUCAUUUAGUUUGGAAAAUAGGAUAAAGCCGAGGCACCAAGCUUGUGUGGAGAAAGGGGUUUGUUUUCCGCUGAAUGUAUUAUUAAGAAGGAGUGAGGAACAGUUUCGCCACAGAUUGGAGGUGUGUUGUAAGGCUUCUUUGCCAUUAAAAACUUCGCCUUUGUCCUCCGUAAAAUGUGAUAUCGAUUCAAUAUAAAGCAUAUUUAUUGUUCUUA